GCUCCAACAUUUGAAAAAUAUUUGAUGGAAGGUCCUCGCAACAGUGGCUGUAUCUAAACGAUAGACCGCAAACGUUUGCGUUUUCAUAAAUUGUUUCUUGUCCGAUAGCCAAGCUUGUUAUUUUACACCGACAGCAGUUAAAGCAUCUGAAGUUAACCGCUGUUCAGAACAAUAUUAAGAAAUAUUCACUCGAGAGGCUAGAGACGAGAGAUUCUUCACCAUGGCUCAGCGCGUGGCUGUGGGCGAUGCUGCUGGAGGCUCGAAGCGGCCAUCUCGGGUCCGCGUGGCUGUUCGGCUGCGGCCCUGCAUGGAAAAGCAGGGUGAGAAGGCCGAGGGGGCCUGUGUCAGGGGCCUGGGGCCACAGAGUCUGGAGAUCAUUAACUGGAGAAAUUCCACAGAGACCCUGCAGUACCAGUUUGAUGUGUUCUAUGGGGAGCAGACAACCCAGCCGGAGGUAUUUAUGACUUCAGUGAAGCCCAUCCUACCUCACCUGCUGAACGGACAGAAUGCCAGUGUCUUUGCCUAUGGACCCACUGGAGCCGGUAAGACUCACACCAUGCUGGGCACUCAGAAGCAGCCAGGCGUUAUUCCACGAGCAGUGAGGGAGGUGUUCAAUCUCGUGAGAGCGCAGGAGAAGGAGGGAGGCGACUGGGACCACACAAUUGGCAUGUCCUACCUUGAGAUCUACAAUGAGAAGGUGCUGGACCUGCUUUCGCCGAACACGCAGGACCUGCCUAUCCGUGAGGACAAGGACAGAAAUAUCCUCAUCCCGGGCUUGACCCACACGUCGCUCUCCUCCUUCUCGGAUUUCCACACUCACUUCAUUCCCGCCAGUCUGAAUCGCACGACCGCCUCCACCAAGCUCAACCACCGGUCAAGCCGCAGUCACGCCAUUCUGCUCAUCAAGGUGGAGAAGUCCCAGCGCGCGCCCCCUCACCGUCAGCUGACGGGGAAGCUGUACCUGGUGGACCUGGCGGGCUCCGAGGACAACCGCCGCACCGGCAACCAGGGCCUGCGUCUGAAGGAGAGCGGCGCCAUCAACCUGUCCCUCUUCACCCUCAGCAAGGUGGUGGACUCGCUCAACUCGGGCGUGGGUCGCGUGCCCUACAGGGACAGCAAGCUGACCCGUCUGCUGCAGGACUCCCUGGGCGGCUCCGCCCACUCCGUCAUGAUCGCCAACAUCGCCCCCGAGCAGGCCUACUACUUCGACACCUUCAACGCCCUCAACUUCGCUGCCAAGUCCAAGCUCAUUGUCAACAAGCCGUUCGUGAGAGAGACCGUGUCCAGCACUGUAUCCGGGAAGAGAGGCAGGCAGGAACAGGGUCAUGAAGCAGCAACUCAGCCCCAGAAGAAGAGGUUCAAGGAGAAGCAGCCUGAAGAACAAGAGGAAAGCUCUGAGCCUGCACAGCCACACAGCCCUGCUGGCUCCUCAGUAUUGAGCAGGCUGCUAGCACUGGAGAAGAUGAUGAUGGGAUCCCCAGAGAGAGAGAGACUCAACUUGCUGAAGACUGUUGCCCAGUCCCGCAAAGAGAUUCAGAAACUUAAAGAGAAACAGAAGGAGCUGGAGAAGAAGGCACAAGCUUGCAAUCCAUUCCCAGCGGACCAAAAGGAACAAGGUCAAGACGUGGUAAUACACUCCAAGAAGGGUGUGGAGGCCCUGAAGGACACAGGGAUGUUUCGCACCAAUUUGCCUCCCCUAUACAGGAAGCCAUCAACUGCUGCCAAGCCAAAGAGACAACAGGCAGUGGUGUCGCCUCUACAGGUGUCCGUGGUUCAGCCAAUUCAGCAGUGUGCUGUGGUCUUUAAACCGUCCCUCUGUCCCAGCAUGAAACAGAAGCAGAACCCUCAGGUUGUGGAAGGCAAAGAGAACCUGGUUAAGGAAUUGUCUGUACCUGAAUCUGAUUGGGAGUCCCAUCUGGACACAUCUGUCCUGGUAAAGUCCAAAGAGAAAAUUCUUCAAAUCCUCAACUCUGGCACCUUGAAGGACCUGAAGACAUUACAACUCAUUGGAGACAAGAAGGCCAAGCUUAUCAUGGGCUGGAGAGAGGUCCACGGCCAGUUCUCACAGGUGGAGGACUUGCAGAAGAUUGAAGGAAUCACAGUCAAACGUUUCUCUUCCUUCAUCAAGGCUAACAUUCUGAGUACAAUAGUCAAAUGAGAGAGUGUGUGGGUGUGGGUGUGGGUGUGGGUGUGGG